GUCGGGUAAAUAGGCGCUCGUGCGAGGGGGAUGGGAUGGGGCCAGUCAGAGCUCUCGUGCUCCACUAACUGAGCGCGCUCAUUAUUCUCACUUUUCUCCUUUAUAUUGAUGCUGUUUUAAAAUAAAACCCAUCUUUCCCGUUACCGCAUGUGUUACGUGGCAUCCGAAAAACAAAAAGUAUCGGUCUGCGAUUGAAUUGCGGUGCAGAAAGCGUUUAAAAUGUAUCCGAUUGGAGCAGCUGGUGCUGCUGAGCUGUGUCAGGGACAUCAGUCUUCAGGGUCAGAUGUUACUGCUCCCCUGUCUCCUCCAGCACAAGAGUAUGUCUUCAAACCACCUCAACGGCCAGACUUUGGCACAAUGGGUAGGACAAUCAAGCUUCAGGCCAACUUCUUUGAAAUGGAAAUACCCAAGUUGGAGGUGUACCAUUACGACAUAGACAUCAAGCCUGAGAAAUGCCCACGGAGAGUUAACCGUGAAAUUGUUGAGCACAUGGUCCAGCACUUUAAGACGCAGAUCUUUGGAGAUCGAAAGCCUGUGUAUGAUGGAAGGAAGAAUCUCUACACUGCCAUGCCUUUACCCAUUGGAAGAGACAAAGUGGAGCUGGAGGUCACAAUUCCAGGGGAGGGAAAAGACAGGAGUUUUAAAGUAGCUAUAAAAUGGGUGUCCUGUGUGAGUCUGCAGUCUCUACAUGAAGCACUGUCUGGGCGGCUACCAAACAUCCCCUUUGAGACUAUUCAGGCUCUGGACGUUGUCAUGAGACAUUUGCCCUCUAUGAGGUACACCCCAGUCGGACGUUCAUUCUUCACUCCCUCUGAGGGAUGCUCCAACCCCCUCGGUGGAGGAAGAGAAGUUUGGUUUGGCUUCCAUCAGUCUGUUCGACCAUCCCUCUGGAAGAUGAUGCUCAACAUUGAUGUGUCCGCCACUGCAUUCUACAAAGCUCAACCUGUGAUUGAGUUCAUGUGUGAGGUUUUGGAUUUUAAAAGCAUUGAAGAGCAACAGAAGCCCUUAACAGAUUCCCAGAGAGUGAAGUUUACCAAGGAAAUCAAAGGUCUGAAGGUUGAAAUCACUCACUGUGGACAGAUGAAGAGAAAAUACAGGGUUUGUAAUGUGACUAGAAGACCAGCCAGCCAUCAAACGUUUCCUUUGCAACAAGAGAAUGGUCAGACCAUUGAAUGCACUGUUGCCCAGUACUUCAAGGAUAAGUAUAAACUGGUGCUGCUAUAUCCACAUCUCCCAUGUUUACAAGUUGGUCAGGAACAGAAACACACCUACCUUCCGCUGGAGGUCUGUAACAUAGUAGCCGGACAGAGAUGCAUCAAGAAACUGACAGACAAUCAGACCUCCACUAUGAUACGUGCCACAGCCAGGUCUGCGCCUGACCGUCAGGAUGAGAUCAGCAAACUGAUGAGAAGUGCCAACUUCAACACCGAUCCUUAUGUGCGUGAGUUUGGAGUUAUGGUAAGAGACGAGAUGACUGAGGUCAAUGGUCGGGUCCUUCAGGCACCUUCAAUUCUCUAUGGUGGAAGGGUAGGAACCUGUCCUGAUCAACUUGACGUUUAUCUUGCCGACCUUGUCAUUGAAUUCCAAUCUGGAUGUGUCUUCCUAAUUUGGUCAUGUCUCUGGUUUUUUCAGAACAAAGCAAUAGCUACCCCAGUCCAGGGUGUGUGGGACAUGAGGAACAAGCAGUUCCACACAGGGAUUGAGAUCAAAGUUUGGGCUAUUGCCUGCUUUGCCCCACAGAGGCAGUGUACAGAACUUCUUCUGAAGGCAUUUACUGACCAGCUCCGUAAGAUAUCACGUGAUGCUGGCAUGCCCAUUCAGGGCCAGCCAUGCUUUUGCAAAUAUGCCCAGGGAGCAGACAGUGUGGAGCCCAUGUUCAAACACCUCAAGUACACUUACCAAGGCUUACAGCUGGUGGUUGUCAUCCUACCUGGGAAGACUCCUGUUUAUGCUGAGGUGAAGCGUGUUGGAGACACUGUUCUUGGCAUGGCCACGCAGUGUGUCCAGGUGAAGAAUGUGCAGAAGACUACACCUCAGACCCUUUCCAACCUCUGCCUGAAGAUUAAUGUCAAACUGGGUGGAGUCAACAACAUUCUUCUUCCACAGGGCAGGCCCUUGGUGUUUCAGCAACCAGUCAUCUUUCUGGGUGCAGAUGUGACUCAUCCACCAGCUGGAGAUGGCAAGAAACCCUCAAUUGCUGCUGUUGUUGGCAGUAUGGAUGCCCACCCAAGUCGAUACUGUGCCACGGUGCGGGUGCAGCAGCACCGUCAGGACAUCAUUCAGGAUCUGGCCACCAUGGUGAGAGAGCUGCUGAUCCAGUUCUACAAAUCCACACGCUUUAAACCAACGCGCAUCAUCUACUACCGAGAUGGCAUUUCAGAGGGCCAGUUCAACCAGGUUCUACAGCAUGAACUGCUGGCUAUUCGUGAGGCCUGCAUCAAGCUGGAGAAAGAUUAUCAACCAGGCAUCACCUUCGUAGUAGUGCAGAAGAGACACCACACCAGGCUCUUCUGCAUGGACAGGAAUGAGCGGGUUGGAAAGAGUGGCAACAUCCCUGCUGGCACCACAGUUGACACCAAAAUAACUCAUCCAUCGGAGUUUGACUUUUAUCUUUGCAGUCAUGCCGGAAUUCAGGGAACCAGCAGGCCGUCCCACUACCACGUGCUGUGGGAUGACAACCAUUUCACCUCUGAUGAGCUGCAGGUCCUCACCUACCAGCUGUGCCACACCUACGUGCGCUGCACCCGUUCUGUCUCCAUUCCUGCACCAGCCUAUUAUGCCCACCUGGUGGCGUUCCGUGCUCGCUACCACUUGGUUGACAAAGAACACGACAGUGCUGAGGGCAGUCACACGUCAGGUCAGAGUAAUGGCAGAGACCAACAAGCCCUGGCCAAAGCUGUGCAGAUCCACCAGGACACAAUGCGCACCAUGUACUUCGCCUGAACAUAGCCAGAAACUAGCCCUACAUCCUGAAAACAGCACGGUGUGUGUGUGUCUGUGUGUAUUUUUGUGUGUUUGCCUCAAUUGUAUAAAGGAGAACCUUCAAAUGGGGGGAAAAAACCAAGAAUCGCCAUGCUGUUAGGUUUCCAAUUGCCCAUGUAGUCAAUUUCCAUACAUACUAAAUAUCCAUGAUUUUUAGAACUGUAAUAUGUGAAUUUUUGUUUUGUUUUGUUUUGUUUUUUAGAUUUAUCCUUUUUUCCCUUUUCUUUUGGUUUGGUGGGCAUGGUUAUGUGUCUCUGUUGUACAUAUGCAUGUCAGAUUAGAGGUUAACAUGUUUACAUAGUCAAUCCAAAAAUUCAAACUAUUUUUACACUGAAAGUUACAUUUGCUUGAUUCAAUACUAUCACCAAGGCUGGUGAUGGAGACUGUUGAACAGUAGUUUUUACAAACUCAUCAAAACAAUGGGUUCGGGUUAGUUUAGGACAACACAGAUCAGGUUUAGGGGUUGUAGGGAUGCAGUUUCCACAGCUAAAUUAUUUAUCAGCAAAAGCAAGUGCACUGACCAGAUGGGGACUUCAGGACAAAAGUACUUAUCCUGUUUUGUUUCAUUUAUUUGUGCUAAUACGAAUUUUUUAUCAUGGUGUCAUUUACUGUUCAGUCCAGGGCUCAGCCAUCCUACUGUAUGAGUCCGUCAAUGACAUGACCGACCGAGCACUAUCAUGUGCUUGUAUCAUGAAAUUUGAACACAGUAUGUGUAGAAUCAAGAAUGCAUUUGGAAGUGAGAAUGUAGGAAUUGUUUUGACAAUCAGUUUUCUGGCGCUCUGCCGCUCAUAUGAGACUGGUUCUCAUCAGUGACGCUCUCCGUUUAUCUGUGCCAGGGUUCUCUGUGCGGAAACAGCUCUGUAAUAUGGAUAAUUGUCCUGAAAAGUACUAAUAUCUUGGGGCUCUAAGCAUUUAGAUGAUGAGAUUAUCUUGUGCGUACUUUAAAUUCUAAAUUCCAUGAGAAUUUCUCUUUUUUUUUGUUCUCUGUGAUUGUAACCUAAGGUUUCAGUGAGUUGGGUUUAUGAGUUAAGUUCUCAAAAAAACUCCCUUGAUGAAAGAAAAUACCAUCACUUUUCACUUUAAGCACCUGUUCUGAAAUUUUCAUUUUGAUGUUGUCAAAAAUCUUUCCCACACUGAAACACAAAGCCAGUUUUGUGCUGAAUAUCAGGGAAUCUGCAGCCCUGUGAUUUGCUUGGUUCUGUGCGCAGUGAAGUUUGACUGUACUAUGCUGGCCAGGUUUAAAAGCCGUCAUCGCAUUCCAGCUGGAAUACAGGCAAUCAAGACUUUUUUAAAAGAAUAAUACUCAUACAAUUGCAUUGGCAAAAUCAGAGUGAAAAUUUCAUAAAAAUUUCAAAUGCACCUUAGUUUUUUUUUUUUUUUUUUUUUUUAAACCAAGAAUCUUUUGCUUAUAACUUAAAGAUUUCCAUGAGAAUAUAACAAAUCCCUUUUUUAACACUCAAGAUGCUUUUUUCUUCAGAUAUAUAAACCUAAAACCUUGUUAAAUCUAGUUUUUCUUUUAGAGACCUUUUGUAGAGUCACAGGGUUGGGCCAUUAUGCGAGUGGUUGUUAGUUUUUUAUUUUUAUUUUUAUUGCUUAACCAAAUAGAAUCCAAUCUUAGUUCAAAUUGAAGGGCAAUACAUUGUAUAUGUGUUGGUAAACUGUUUUCAUGUAAACAGUCUUAUCCCUUCUAAAGCAUAUCAAGAUGUGUAGCGAUUGAUUGAGUCUUGUUAGUUAAUUAACUGUAAGAUCGCUAACCCCAAAUAAUUCUUCAAUUUUAACUUGAAAUUCUUGGGAAUUUUUAACCAUCUUUUUCUAACUAUGCAUUGUUUACCAAGAGAUUUUAGUGGUAUGUUUGUGUAUAUGAAUUAUAAAUAUAGAAAAUUUGUAAUGUAGUCAUUUUCAUGCUGGGUACUUUUAGUAGUGUAAAUAGUACAAACCCUGUACCCACUGUAGCAGUAUUAGCUUACAAAAUACUCUAUUUUUAUUAUCAGCAAUUGGAUGUUCUUUAUAUGGCUCUCAAUUAUUCCUUUUAGCCGAACAAGAUUACAUAUGUACUUGUAGUUAAUGUCCUACUAUAACUGAAGCACAAUAGGACAUUAUAAUUGUAGGUGCUAGAGAUUAUUCUUGAGACAACCAUUUUUUAAUAUCUUGUUUAACUCCAGCUUUUAAACAAGAAUCACAGACUGGUAAGAGAGCUUAUUGGGAAUGUUUGGUUUUUGAUCUGGUGAAAUCUGACUUUUGACCCUGAAACCCUGACCCUCAUUUUUUAAACCCAACAGACUGUGUAUAAGGGGCAUUUUAAUUUAUCUUCAAAUACUUGACUAGAGUUCUGUUGUUAUUUGGCGCUGAUCUUGUAACUCGUGACAGUAGAUGCACUUUGAAGAGCAAUGGACAGAGUUCCCUAGUUGCGGUGCUCAUCUGGAUCAUGAGCAUGUUAUCUGGGUGCAGUUGUGUGGAAAUGACUAGAUGUCCUACCUCUUGUUACCUGUUACUUGUAUUAUGGUAACAUUACCACACUGGUCAUUUCCUCAUAAUUGCACUAAUAGGAAACGUCAUCUUUUCGUCCCUCUGAAAGUGAAAGUGGUAGAUGUCACAGAAAAUCUUGAACACUUGCUCUAAAAUGGCAUCUUUAAAUCAUAUUUGUUCGGAGACCAUGCCUGCUGCCAUUUAGCUUAGAUGAUUUAGCAUUGCUGUUUUAUUAUGGUAGUUUUAAGCUAUGAAUUGAAAGCUAGAAUGGAGUGCUGCAAGUUUCAGAUGUCAAACAUUUAAUGUUUCAUACGUCAUGAAUCCAAAAGAAUAUUAAAUGGUUUCCGUGAAUAAGUGGCUUAAUGCUUUAAAUGUGCACCGCAAGCUAUAAAAAUGUUUAUAAAUGUAUAGUGAAUUCCACUUUUAUCAUUUCCUGUCCUUUUUAAAUUGCAGCGCAUUGUUGCUUUAUCCAUACGAGUUUGAAUGUGUGUUACAUAGUUUUCCUGUUUUUCUUAACAUUAAGUUAGAAGAAUAGUAUUUAUCAUUUAACAUCAGAAACAUGAGGUGAAAUCAUUGCUCAAACUACUACUUAGAUAUUUUCUGGAACAAUGUUUUUUUUUUUCCUUUUUUUUUUUUUCAUCCUCUUAACCUGCUUUAGUUGGAUGAUUUUUAGAAGUUACUGAGUUUUUAGUAUUUUAACCUUUUUGAAAUCAGCACCUUAGUCAAAGGUCUACAACAUAUGCAAUUUCUCAAGUGUGAAAUAUGAGAUGUUUUUGCACUAUAUCAGAAGAUGUGUUACUAAUUUGCAUACUGGUGGACAGAUUGUAAGGUUAUAGAGAAGAACCAUCAAUAUUAGAUAGUCUUGGCCUUGUUUUUUUUUUCUUCAUAUACCAUCAUAUUGGCACUAAUCUAUUAAAAGUUGACAGAUGUAAGAAGGUCUUGAGUUCUUACACUAUGCAAAAACUCAUUUACAUACAGAGCCAUCACUUUGUUUGUGUAUAUAGGGGUCAGAUUGUUGGAUUUUGUCUGUGAAACUUUCAUGCAUACCAAAUGGAGUUAGGGACUUUGAGUGAACGGAAGUCCAACUUGUGUGGUUUUUUUUUUUUUUUUUUUUUUUUUUCUCCUUCCACAAUACAAUCAGCUGAUUUUUUUUUUUAAUAAGGACAUAAGGAAUCUGAUGCAAAUGUUUGAUUAAAAUGAGUCCAUUCAAAUAUCCAUGAAUGCAAAUAUAAUGGGGGCCAAGCAUUAAUGGAGGAGAUCGAAGUAUGGUGCUGGUUUUGUUGAGAUCGUGCUGCAGCAUCUCUGUUUCAAUUCUUAAGAGGCACAUAAAGUGUUAACUGAAAAUUGAAAUGGUGCCUCAAUUUCCCUUGAUUUAUUUAUCAAUGUUAUGUCAUUAACAUUAUGUAUGUCUCUUGAGUCAUCAUUUCUAGAGUAUUGUCUUUUGCUGCUUGAGUGAAGCUUGUAUAUUGCUUGGCGAAGUAUCUUUCCAGAUCUGUGUGGGGUUACAGUGUCCACAUGCCUUUUCGCUUUAUACCGUAUGGUUUGAAUAAAACUAGUCAAUUUAGGUUUGAUUAAUCAUAGGUUGUGCCCCGAUUAAUUUCAGAUUUUAAUUUCAAAAACUUUUUUUAUUCAAGCCAGAUAUAAAUGACAGUCUCAUCAAAAGAAUUUUGCCCCCUAGCUGUGUGAUCAGAGGUGGUCUUUUAACCAGAUAUAUUGCUAAUGUAUUUGCAUUAGAACUUUUGCACUAUAGUAAGCCUACAUACAUGGUAGUUUUGUUACUGUACUUAUUGCUUUUUAAUUCCUAAGGUGGCAAGUUUCAAAGAUGCUACCUUAUGACCUGCUAAAACCAUUAGGAUACAAACAAACAGUUUGAAUGUACUCCAUACACCUGCAUACUAGUUAAGAACAUCCACAUUAUUUUCAUCUGUUUGCUCCACUUUGUUUUAUGCAUGCACAUUUAAAGCAGCAUUGAAUCAUUGGGCUUAUAGCCAUGCAUAUUUCAAACUGUAUCUCACAAUUCAUGGUUGUGAUGUACUAAAUUAACAGAUAAUGGGCAGUUUAUUCAGAAUACACACUGGCACAAAGAUCCUUGUAUCGCUGAUGUUUGUGGUGCUGUACUGUAAAAACUGUACAUAAGGCAACGUUUUGGUGUUUCGUGUUUUUUGCCAUGUACUGCUUCUAUGUUUGCUGGAAUUUCCAACUCAAGUUUCAUCCAAAGGGUUUUUGAGCUAUACUAUAACACCCAUGUUCAUAUAGCAACCCAAUAAGCCAAAUUCACUUUCGUUGAAGCCCUUUUGCUUUACCAGCGAACACUCUGUGGUGGUCCCAUAAUCAUGACAGUGGUACUUGCUGAGAGCCUCAGUUCAUUGUGUGCACAAAUGAAACCGCUACUCAGUUUCAUCAGGUCAGUUGCCAUUCAGCUAGUUGUUUUAUUGGGGUAUGAUGCCCCCCCCCCCCCCCCCCCCCCCAAAGUCCUAAACUAGUUUUAAAACUAGUCUGAAAUGACCAAAAUUGACGCUAGUUGUGAGGGAAAAAAUAUCUAUAAAAAAAGAGCACAGUUCCAUUAGUUCAUUACGUGCUAACUUGUUAUUUAUUCAAAUAUGAGGAAAAUGGGGUCUUGAGACUGAUUUAUUGGAAUAAUUGAGAGCUUCAUCAUAACCUGGCUUUUUAAACCAACUUUGAAAAACUACCUCAAUAGUGUCAGGUGCUAACAUUAAAAUAUCCCUUAUCCGUAUAUGUAUGUGGUCAUGACAAAGAACAAUAAUUAUGACCAAACAACACAAGCCUAUACUGUGUAUUAAGUGUUUAGUUGUCUUUCACCCUCUCUUUUGUUUUUUAAGCCAUUUAAAAAAAAAAAAUUGUAUGGUGGAUCAACAUGAGGGAUGUUUCAGCAUGUAACAAAAUUGCAGGGGACCAAAAUAAAUAUGAUUUGAAAGUUUCCCUUUUUAAAAUGUAGUGAUAAAUACUCAUCAGCUUUUAGAGGUUGAUUAAAAUCAUUUUCCACUGUAGCUUUUGAGUGGAAACGGAGCUGUUCUCAGAUCCUCUGGUUGUAUGGAGAACAAAUCCGAAUUCAGGCCAAGAUAAUUGCCAAAACAUGGUGGUCGAGUCUGGCAUUGUUCCAUUUUCCAUUCUAGCAUUGUGCCAUAUUGUGGAUGACAUACUGGACAAGAAACGUUCAAUGACCACUGCUCUGUUUAAUGAAUGUCUGGGGAAACUGACAGCAUUCGCUUGUGAAGCAGCUUGUCAACCUGUGUCAAAUAGCAAUCUAAUCAUCAUUGAGCUUCGCCGUCUUUGGAGUGCUAGCACUCUACUUGAUUCUUCUACUUGAUUGAUAUCCAGUAUUGCAAUAAAGAUGUUUCGCACUCAUUAGAUCCUGAUCUGUUUGAUGAACGUUCCACGAUGAGUCUGCGAUAAGCUAUUUGUAUUUUAACGUUGUCAUGUAUGACUCCGGAGCGCUAUCCAUUGCAAUUGACGUGUAUUUACUAUGCUACAUUUUAUGAAGGGAAUUCAAUUUGGAUCUGAUUUCUCUCAGACUCUGAUUGAGGAUGCGUUAAACAUCCUAAUACACUGGCAUUUGAGUUUUUUGAGAACUACAUAUUAAGGUACAAAAAGGUUGUAUGAAAAAUCAUUCUGAUUCUUGUUUUUCAUCUGUGAGCUUAAAAACGUCCAGCGUGUUUUUGUUGUGUAUGUGUGCCUUUUUAAAAUCUCGCCCACCCCUGAUUGAGGGACUAUCCUUUUAAUUUGAUACUCAGCUCCACAUUGGAUAAUUUGUACAUUUAUCAUGCAACCUUGAGUGAAUGCUGCAUAGAAUGAUCAGUAUUUGUAUUUUGCACUUUCUAAGCAGUUUUAAAGGAUGCCCUGUGGUAAUUGGGCGCACAGACUAAGACUAUUUAAGACGAGGUAUUUUCUGCUACAAUAGGAAUUCUAAGGAACAAUAUGACUUGUUAGUCUUUUCGAAAAUAAAGUGUAUAGAUGUGAAGUACCUCAUAAGCCUGAUAAAUGCUGCAUAAAUUUCAUUUAUUGUUCUUUUGUGAACCUCAUUUCAAACAUUUUCCCCUGUAGGGAGGUUUGAUGCCCACAAGCUGUGCAAGCACCUUCAGAAUUAUGUGAUUGACCAGAGCCGCUAUUUAAAAGAUUACUAGUGAUGCACAUCAAAUGCAAUUUGAUAGAUUUUCAGUCAUAUUCACUGACAUGAUACAAUAUUACAGAGCCUCUAGUUUUAGCAUUGCUCAGUUGAUCACGACUAUUAGAUAUGUAGUGACGUCCUGCAGUCAAAAGUUACAGUUGACUCAGGUAUUGCCAUUUAAGGGCUGUAUCUGCUAUUGCCUCUCGUCCUCAGUCCCCUCACCUGUGUCUUAAUGUAGCCUUAGAACUGCAUUUAUGGAUGGAACAUAAUAAAUACUAUCUGGCCUUAAAAUAUGCACUAUUUAACCACAACAUGCAAGUCGCUACAAAUCAGGCCAUAUGUUUGUGCCAUAAAACUACCUCCUGAGAAUGUAGGAGUAUCCUGGAACUGACAGAUGGCUUUUCUUUUCUUGGCUUUUUCUUUUUUUUCUUUUGUAAGUUGACACUCUUUUUUUUUUUUUUUUUUCCACCCCAAGUAAAUUACAAACAGUUGAAAAUGUUGAAUUUUUUUUAUUUUUUUUAAACCAUGUCCAUGCUAGUGAUGGAAAAGCCAAGCGACCAGUUUAAAUUCGAAGGCUUUCUUGUACUGCGUUGUGGUGUCAAACCUCCCUCUCACAUCAGCGAUUUCUUUCAUUUAACCUUGUGUGUGCUCCUUUAUAACAUGCCAAAUUAAAUUUGCUGUCAUUCCUGUCAUGAAUUCUUUAAUUUCUGAUUCAUUUUUGCAUUCACUGCUAAGCUCCUUGUUGUUGUUUCUUGAUAAUGUAAAGUGUGAGUUUUUUUUAAAACAAACUUAUAAAAUUACAAACCAAGAUAUGCUGUAAACCCUGCUAAGACAUAAUGUGAAAAUGUAUCAUUUAAUAUAGCUCACUUUUGCUUGACUCUGUAUUGCAUCAUUUAAUAAACGAUUUCCUCUGACUGUCA